AUUAAGGAGUAGGAAUCAGUUUAUUUUUUGUUUCUGAGAGCCUGCACCUUUUUGCUCCUUCCUAGAUUUGCUUCUCGCCUUCUCAUCAGUCAUCUCAGUAGCUCAGCUCUGUUUUCUUGGAUCUAAUCUGCUCAGGCAAGAUGCAAAGGGGAAUGCAAACACUCUUUUCUCACGGCAAUGUCCUCAAGGCUGCCGUUCUGAGACAUGUCCGCUUGGCCAGUCCAGUAAUGCGCCCACUUGCUGUGCGCCUCGAGUCAACUUCAGCUGCUCGUAUUGAAGAGCACGGCUUUGAGAGCACAACCAUAUCUGACAUUUUGAAAACGAAGGGCAAAAGUGCGGAUGGAUCAUGGCUUUGGUGCACAACGGAGGACACUGUUUAUGAUGCUGUGAAGUCUAUGACACAACACAAUGUAGGAGCCUUGGUGGUGGUAAAACCCGGGGAAGAUAAGUCUAUUGCUGGAAUUAUCACCGAGAGAGAUUAUCUCAGGAAAAUCAUAGUUCAGGGAAGAUCAUCUAAAUCGACAAAGGUUGGCGAUAUCAUGACCGAAGAGAACAAGCUGAUCACAGUCACGCCUCAGACUAAAGUUCUGAAAGCGAUGCAACUCAUGACAGACAACCGCAUCAGGCACAUCCCGAUCAUAGACGACUCGGGAAUGCUCGGGAUGGUGUCGAUUGGUGAUGUGGUUCGCGCUGUGGUGAGCGAGCACAGGGAGGAACUGAACCGACUGAAUGCGUACAUACAGGGAGGUUACUAGACGACGAAUCGAUGAUGAUGAUGAUGACAAUGACAAUAAGGUAGAGUGAAGCAGUCAGUACCUACUGAUUGACAUAUAUAUUAGCUACUAUGAACUCUCUCCUUCAGGAUGAACCUGAGCCCUGUAAAUGUUUUUCAUGAGUUUGUGUUCUUAAUGUGGCUUGCAGCCUGCAGCCUACCAACUUACAAGUUAAGUAAUAAUGUACUGUUGAACAAUGUG